AUGUCUUCCAAUGAUGACUCUGUUGUAAUCCCAAUGAGAGGAAGUAACGUCGCUGGCAUGAGCACCAGUGACAUGUGGACGUUGACGGAAGAGGCUGUGUUAAGUUUUCAUAACAUCAGCUAUCGGGAAACAGAGCAGAGUGGCUUUCUACUCUGGAAAAAUAGACGUGUGACAGAAAGACUAUCAAACAUCAAUGGCAUCAUGAAACCUGGCCUCAACGCCAUCAUGGGGCCUCAAGAUCGGGACAGAUCUCUGUUACUAAACAUCUUGGCUGCGAGGACAGAUCCGCGCGGACUAUCAGGAGAUAUUCUGAUAAAUGGGAGUCCUCGGCCUGCUAACUUCACAUUUAUUUCCGGUUAUGUAGCAAAAGUAACUCCUCUUACCCUGCGGAAUGACAUGGUGAUGCACACCGUGACCGUGAGAGACAACCUAGAGUUCUCAGCAGCUCUUCGUCUUCCAAUGACAGUAACAAGGGAUGAAAAGAAAUAUCAAGUUAAUGAGGUCCUUAGACUUCUGCAACUAGAGAAGUGGCAAAUAUCUAAGGAACUCAGGAAGAGGACCAGCAUCGCAGUGGAGCUGCUCGCUGGGCAUCUCAUUUUGUUCUUGGAUGACCCCACCACUGGCUUAGACUUGAGAAAUGCAACUGUUGUCAUCUCAGUCCUGAAAAGGCUGUCUAAGACGGGACGGACAAUUAUCUUCUCCAUCAAUCGGCCUCCAUACUCCAUCUUCAGAUCCUUUGAUAGCCUCACCUUAGUGGGCUCAGGAAAAGUCAUGUUUCACGGGCCUGCGCAGGAUGCGUUGGAGUACUUCAAAGCUGCAGGUUACAAAUAUGAUUCUCAGACCAACCCUGCAGAAUUCUUCCUGGAUGUCCUUAGUGGAGGUGUAUCUGCUAUGUUAGAUACAGAAGAAGACGGCCAUGGAGCUGAUGCACCUAAAGAGCGUUUUCAGACAGAACAUCAAGUCGCAGAAAAAUUGGCCAAUACGUAUGCACAGUCCUCCCUAUACAAUGACAUAAAAGCCAAACUGAAUCAACUGUUGGGGGCACAGAAGGUGCAGAGGAGCUCGGCUGUGGACAAGAUCACGUGUGUCACCCCUUUCUGGCACCAGCUCCAGUGGAUUAUCUGUCGUUUGUUCAAAAAUGUCAUGGGUUUUCCACGGGUCACUAUGACUCAGGCGGUUAUCAUGGUCAUACUGGCAGCAGCUGUAGGUACCGCUCUCUGUUUCCUUAAAAGUGAUUGUGUUGAAAUCCCGACCAGAGCCGGCCUGCUUUUCCUGCUCACAGUGUUCCAAUGUAUGACAAGUGUGACUGCAGGGAAGCUCUUUGUGACUGACAGAGACCAAUUUCUACAUGAGCAUACCAGUGGAUACUAUGAAGUGUCGUCAUAUUUCUUCGGGAAAUUGUUGGCUGAGCUAGUGCCAAGGAGGUUAUUUACAACUAUUAUAUUUACUGUUGCAACAUACGUCAUAGUAGGAGUAACUGCGAGUGUGACCAGUUUCUUCACCAUGAUGUUUACUGUCUUGAUGUUGGCUUUUUCUGUCAGUUCCCUGCGUAUGUCCAUAGUCACAGGGGAGAACACAGCGGAUGCACCAAUGCUACCCGCCACCAUCUACUUCAUGUUCACGCUGUUUUUCUCAGGCCUAUCACUCUAUUCAGGGAGCUUCCCGCCUAGCCUCUCAUGGAUCCAAUACCUCAGCAUUCCUCAUUAUGGAUUUCGGGCUUUGUUGUACAGUGAAUUCCUGGGACAAAAUUUCUGUCCAGAAAACAACACAGAAGAAGUCAGUAGAUGUCAGAACUAUGUGAUAUGCACUGGCGAAGAAUUCUUGGCAACUCAAGGCAUCGAUCUCUCAUCAUGGAGCUUCUGGGAGAAUCACUUGGCCUUAGCUUGUAUAAUGUUUAUCCUCUUUGCACUUACCUAUGUAAAAUUAUUACAGCACAGAAAAUUACAAGCUCUUAAGUACUAG